UGUCUGCAAGUGAAAAUAAAGUUGAAGAGCACGGACAACAACCACCGCCUCCACCACAAUUGAAUGGCAAUGGUAGCGAUAACAACAAAACAUCGCCCGUUGUUAUCGACAUUGAUGUGAAACGUAACGGUACUGCCGACAAUGACAACACAAACCAAGUUGCCAGCGAUCGUGGCUCUUCAGUCUUACUACGCGUUGUGAGCUGUGUGGUUGGUGUCGGCAUUUUAACCGCGAUUGUAACGCUUAUCUGGUACUACAUGGGUUGGACAUUCGGAUUACCUGCCCUCCUCGUCGCCUUGUUGGUGAUAUUGCUCACCAAACCGGGCUGGCGAUGGUUUUACAUAGCCGGUGCAACAGCUAAACGAGAUCUUACUGCCCUCUAUGCCUACUUCAAGCUGCUGCAUCUUAUCAAGAAAUAUGAAAAGAAAAAUAUGACAAUUGCCGAUAUAUUCCAUGCGAAUGUAUCGAAAAAUCCCGAUAAAUUGGUUAUUGUCAGUGAAACACAAUCGUGGACAUUCCGUCAAUUAAAUGAAUAUUCCAAUCGGAUUGCCAAUGUUUUCCACAGUCAUGGCUAUAAGAAGGGUGAUGUUGUUGCUUUGUUAAUGGAAAAUCGUGCUGAAUUUGUUGGUACCUGGUUGGGUCUAUCGAAAAUUGGUGUUAUUACCCCUCUGAUAAAUACAAAUCUCCGUGGUCCAUCACUAUUGCACAGCAUUACAGUGGCAAAAUGUUCUGCUCUCAUCUAUAGUGAGAGUUUCACUGAGGCUAUUGAAUUCAUUCUUAAAGAUUUACCCUCAAAUGUUGCCCUCUAUCAAUAUAAUGAGGAGCCACGUACUGCUGUAAGUGGUAAUGCUAAGGAUUUAAAGGAAUUAUUGGAAACCGCCUGCAAGGAUAAAUUACCCGCCUCCGCUGAACGUCCAUCACAUCAUGAUAAAUUGUUAUAUAUUUAUACAUCGGGUACAACCGGGUUGCCCAAGGCUGCCGUUAUUUCACAUUCACGUUAUCUCUUCAUUGCUGCUGGUAUUCACUUUACCCUGCGCUUCGAACAAAAGGAUACAUUCUAUACACCAUUGCCAUUGUAUCACACCGCUGGCGGUAUUAUGAGUAUGGGUCAAGGUCUAUUGUUUGGUUCCACUGUUGCCAUCCGUAAGAAGUUCUCGGCUUCUGGUUACUUUGCUGAUUGUGUCAAAUUUAAUGCUACCGUUGCCCAUUACAUCGGUGAAAUGGCACGUUACAUCUUGGCUACCCCACCCUCGGAGAACGAUCGCAAACAUCGUGUACGCCUUGUCUUUGGCAACGGUUUACGUCCUCAGAUUUGGCCACAAUUUGUUGAACGUUUCGGUAUUAAACAAGUUGGUGAAUUCUACGGCGCCACUGAAGGCAAUGCUAAUAUUAUGAAUCACGAUAAUACCGUGGGUGCUAUUGGUUUUGUAUCACGUAUCCUUCCCAAAGUAUAUCCAAUUUCAAUUAUUCGUGCUGAUCCCGAUACUGGUGAACCCAUUCGCGGCCCUGAUGGCCUUUGCCAAUUGUGUAAACCCAAUGAGCCGGGUGUAUUUAUUGGUAAAAUCAUUAAAGGCAACCCGUCAAGAGAAUUUUUGGGUUAUGUCGAUGAAAAGGCGUCGGCUAAGAAAAUUGUACGUGAUGUCUUCAAGAAGGGAGAUAUGGCUUUCAUUUCGGGAGAUGUUUUGGUUGCCGAUGAAAAGGGUUAUCUGUACUUUAAGGAUCGCACGGGUGAUACAUUCCGUUGGAAGGGUGAAAAUGUGUCGACCAGUGAAGUUGAGGCUCAAGUCAGUAAUGUGGCUGGUUACAAGGAUACUGUCGUGUAUGGUGUAACCAUACCCAAUACGGAGGGACGUGCGGGCAUGGCUGCCAUCUAUGAUCCGGAUCGUCAAGUUGAUUUGGAUAAAUUCACCGAAAAUUUGGCUAAAGUCUUGCCCACCUAUGCCCGCCCACUGUUCUUGCGUUUCCUUACCAAAGUCGAUUUGACGGGAACCUUUAAAUUGCGUAAAGUUGAUUUACAAAAGGAAGGUUACGAUCCCAAUGUCAUCAGUGAUGCCAUGUACUAUCAGACGUCGAAAGGCAAAUACGAACCCCUUACCAAAGAAAUCUAUGACAAGAUCUGUAACAACGAAAUGAGAUUCUAG